GCGGCUAGUAGUAGCCCCAACGGCAGACACGAAAGCACACAUCGAUCCGGAUUCCGCACACAGAUCCAAACGCACGAAUUAUGCGCCAAUUGAUAACCCUUCUGGGCCUGGUUGUGGUACUAGGCCUGGUCCAGUCGGCUCCUGUGGAGGUCGUCUACACGGGCGAGGGCUGUGCCUGUCCCACCCAGCUGGGCUAUCAGCUGAAUGUGCCCAAUCCGCCCAAGCCCAAGAAGUAUGGGGCCAGCGAUUAUGGCUAUCGUGUGGAAAAACCCGUCCAGACCAAGGCGAAGAUCAGCUAUAGCUUCGAUUUCACCGUCGAACAGCCCAGGACACCGCCACCGCCCAAGUAUCCCGAAUCCAAGCUGUAUGCCAAAGUCGAUCGGGUGACGGUCAACAAAGGAGAUUGUGCCGCCAAGCAUACAUCCAGCUGCAGUUGCUCGAGCUGCUCCAGCCCCAAACCAAGGUAUGUAGCCCCAGGCCCAGGCCCAGGCCCAGACCCAGGCCCAAGGUCCCCCAAUGCCAUACGUCGUCGUCGUGACCUGCGCACGCCCGGCUCAUUGAUCCGCAGGCGUCUAAUGCGCCAGCAACAGCUCCAAGAGCGACCCCCACGCUACGUGAAGCUCUAUCACAAGGAUUUGGCCGCCCAGCAGCAGCAGCAGCAGCAGAAGCUGAAACUCUUUGGCCUGAUGCCAGCAGAGUCGCAUGAACCAUCCCCAAAGACGAAGCGCAAGACCAAGAAGUCACCGGCUGGCUGGUUGGGAUUGGGUAGGCGGCUGGCCAAGCGUGAUAUCAAAGGAGAAUUCGAUCUGCUGGAGCGGGAACGUGCCCAGAUUGACUUGACGGCCCCCGAGAUCAUACAGUUCAUGCCGGAGACGCUGAAUCCAAAUUUCCAGCCGGGCCAGUGUCAUAUGGGCUGUGGCGCCAUUACAGCAGUCGGGCCUCCUCCUCCUCAGCCUCUCCCUCCAGCCACCGAAGAGGCUGGCAAAGAGUUCGAUCCGACGGAAGAUCAAACAGAGCUGCCAGUGACGACAGAACAGCAGAAUACCAUACCCGCCAAGCGAGCCGCUUUGGGCUACUAUCCACUGCAGAUCCCAUCGCCAUUGGGUCUGCCACUGGACGACUACAAGUAUGUGGAUGAUUCGCAGCUUCGCAGUCUGCUGUCGACGACCUCCGUGCCCGAUCCGCUGGAGCAGGGCUCCACGCCGCUGCAGUUUGCCGGCGACUUGGAGUCGGUGACGCGGCGCGGCUAUACAUCUGCUCUGCUGGGCAGCGGCGGUGGCUAUCCCGUACAGCAUGUGUCCGACUCUCAGCUGGACAGACUCAUCUCAGAGAUUGUCUACCCGCAUCCGCACUAUCUGGAGUCGAGCACGCACUAUCCCGAGCCCCACCAGAAGAGGCAAACAACGGACUUCCUCAAGAAGCUCAUUGACGGCCGCCUCGGCGGCUGGGGCUUCGACUCGGCCACUGAGCCGGACCAUACCCUCCAUGCCGACUACUCCACGACGCCCGCCAAGACCUAUGGCUACAACAGUCAUGUCCAGAACGGCUACAGUAUCGACACCUACAAUGUGCCACCCAUUUCCGAGUACCUGCGAGCCUGGUUCUAGCCCCCCAGAGUCCCAACGUGAUCUUUAGCUUACAUCUAAUUUACAUAGUUCCAUAAGAAGAAAACCCCACCACCACCACCACCCCCCACCAAGCAAACAAAAAUGAAUAUACAUAUGUAAUAAAUUGAAAAUG